GAACAUUGUUUAUCAGCAGUUGCAGUGAUGACAGAAAUGAAUCUAGAUUUAAAAGACUUCCAGCUUCACUUUGCUGAGGAACUCAUCUGCGGUUUGAACUCACUGCAUGAAGAUAAGAUAUUAUGUGACAUCACGCUGAAAGUGGGCACCAAAGAAUUCAAGGCACACCGCGUUGUCUUAGCAGCUCUCAGUGAAUACUUUCGUGCUAUGUUUACUGUGCAGUUGAAGGAGAGUAAAGAAGAUGUGAUUGAGUUGAAGGAUAUCAGUAUAACUCCAGAGUCCUUCCAGUGUCUUUUAGAUUAUUGUUACUCAGCAGAGCUAGACUUGACCAUCGAGAAUGUGUUUGAAAUCCUGGCCGUAGCACACCAUCUUAGCAUUACCUCUGCCAUGGAAUGCUGCUGUGAUUUCAUCAAGCAGCAAUUUGAUGAGCAGAAUUUUCAUUUUGAUGACUUUGUAAAGAUCGCUGAAAUGGCUGAGACGUAUAGCCUGGUUGAUCUAAAGGAAGUUGCGGAUCACUACAUAGCAGAAAAUUUUGUUGAUGUUUCCAACUCUGACGACUUCUUGGAGUAUAUGUCUUCCAAACGACUGUGUGAGUUUCUGAACCGAAGAGACUUGGCUGUUCCUAGUGAGCUGCUUGUCUUGAAGGCUGUACAACGCUGGUUAAUGUACGAUAAGGAAAAGAGACUCAUGGAUGCAAAUGUGUUAUUACGUAGUGUACGACUGGGUUUUAUUAGUGCACAGAAUUUAGUCGAUCAGUUCAACGAGGAUAUCAAGAGUGUGUCUGAAUGUCACAAGUUAUUCAAUGGACUGAUGCAACAUCAUGCAGUAGGCAAACCAAUUUCUGGAGCAUUUCCAUUGAAAAACCCUGAAUUGUUUGCACCUAGGGGGUGUACCAAGUCCUUGAUAGCAAUUGGUGGAAGAACAUCAAUGAGCUGUGUUCGAUACUACGAUGUCAAUGCACAUGACUGGGUAUCACUUAAGAACUUUGCACAGCCUCCGUACAACACCUUCACCAAUCAUGGCAUCACUGUGGUACACCAUAACCUUUACAUUGCUGGAGGACAGUACUAUGGAUCAAAUAAGUGGCAAACGCGGAAUUACGUCUACAAAUAUGAUGCCUCGACCAAUAAAUGGCAGAGCUUAGCUGCCAUGAAAGUUGAGCGUAGUUAUUUUGGUUUAGUUAAUUUGGAUGGGUUCAUUUAUGCCAUAGGUGGGUUAGGUAAAGAUGGGCAGCCAACUGAUGUGGUUGAAAGGUACAACAUUGCAACAAACAAGUGGCAGAUAAUUUCAGCAUUGCAGUCACCUCGAUAUGAUAUGGCUAUUGCUGUGUUUGCUGGUAAGAUUGUCAUCAUAGGUGGGCAGAGCUCUAAAACCGACUCAACAGAAGUUCUAGAUGUUGAAGUAUUUGACCCGAAGCGUAAUCAGUGGGAAGUGAAGUCUAAACCAUUAACAUGCAGAAAUCAAGGUUCUACCAUAGUUGUGGAUGACACCCUGUAUGUGGCUGGUGGUUCACAAGAAAGUAGCAAUGACAGCGCCACUGGAAAAGUGGAACUAUGCAACCUUGUGGAAGAGUACAACAGCGAACACGACUCAUGGAGCACAGUGUCCCAGUCGUUAAUACCAAAAAAUGAAAUUGGUGCAUUUCGCAUAAACAGCCAUGUAUAUUUCAGUAUCUGCAAUCAUUGUUAUAAUAGUAAUGUUAUUAUACCACAAGAUGAAGUGUACGAUGUAGAUCUAGAUGACUGGAUUAAACUCAAACAGAAUACCAAUGGGGCUGCUGUUACCGAGUUUACAUUCAAUGUCACAAAGCUGAAAUAAAAUUGAAAUGUUCAUCAGAAUAAAAUGUAUACUAUAAGCUUUUGGUUUUUCACUCUUCCUGAGAUUCUUUUGUAAUUGU